AUGAUAGGGAAAGAGGGCUGGGCUUAUAAUGCUUUCCUAAAGGAUAAUUAUCCCAAUUUCAAAUACGAACACAACUAUGACGUGAAUUCAUUGAAAACAUUGGAGCCAUUGAUUGCCGGCAAAGCUGUGCUCAUCGAAGACGAGCCCGUUAUUGAAGAUAUCGUCGCCCUUAACCCCACACUACCUCUCCAUAAGGCACGCGACAACUCAAUGCUGGCCGUCGGCGGCGUUUUCAUCCGCCGGGGCGUCGAUCCCUGGAUUAAACAUCAAUUGAAACAAAAGUGA